GAUCACGCACUAGCCUAAAUAGCAAGAGAUGAGAGGGGAAAGCCCUAGCAGCCCACUCUCUUCUCUCGGUAUCGUAUCUCUCACUCUCAUCUCAACGACUCAGUUGAGUCUCCUACUCUCUCAAAGUUUUCCUCUCUCACUCUCAGCGUCUCUCUCUCUCUCUCUCUCAAGUUGAGCCACUCAACUCCCCAUUUUCCUUCAGCGUUGCAUCAUUCAUCAUCUCUUGCAGUACUACCAGUGGAUACAAGGAAGGAAAGGCAGCUGGAAUGGCUUCUUUGCAACACACAAGUAUCAAUACCACAGUUUUAUGCAAAAAAGGGGCGAUUUCCGUAGUGGGUGUUUCGGCUCUUCCGUCGUCACUACCGAGGUUCAGAACCAUUGCGUGUUUCGCGAGAGGCAAUACUCCAACAUUCCCUCGAAUAAAUGUUCAGGACCCAUACAGACGGCUUGGUGUAAGCAGAGAUGCUUCUGAAAAAGAAAUUUGGAGUUCCCGGAACUUUCUUUUAGCUCAAUAUGCUCCACAUGAAAGAAGUGCAGAAUCAAUAGAGUUGGCUUUUGAAAAGUUACUGAUGGAUAGUUUCGUACGCACGAAGAAAAGAAAAAUCAACUUGAAAAGCAUGUUAAAAAAGCAAGUACAGGAGUCUCCACCUUGGUUCAAGAACUUGCUUGGAUUUGUGGAAGUUCCUCCUACCGUGAUUAUUCUUAGAAGAUUGUUCCUCUUUGCAUUCAUCGCUGGCUGGAGUAUCAUGAAUUCUGCCGAAACUGGACCCGCUUUCCAGGUGGCCAUUUCUUUGGGAGCUUGCAUAUACUUCCUCAAUGGCAAGAAAAAGAGCCUAGCUAAAGCUUCCAUGAUCGGAUUAGGAUUGCUUGUGGCUGGUUGGAUUUGUGGUUCUUUCCUAGUUCCUGCAAUCCCUGCGGCGCUGUUACAUCCAAGUUGGACACUUGAACUUAUAACAUCUCUGGUGGCUUAUGUAUUUCUGUUUCUUGGCUGUACUUUUCUUAAGUGAGAGCAGCCAUGUUGUCUACCUUUUGUUUCUUCUUUCUGCAACAAAGUUAAAACUGGAUAAACUUUAUGCCAUUUCCAUUUGGCCGGGAUUGUUCUUCCAUUUCCUCCCUCGUUCUUUCGUUGUGUCAUGGUGAGAGGAUAGCUACAUGGUUUUUGACUAUUGUUCCCUUAAUAUAUGUCGAAAUAGGCUACUACUAGUAAGCAAUGAAAUGCUUAAUCGUGAA